UUGCUCUUUGUUUCCUGUCGUUCAUUUUUACUCUUCUGUCUUUCUUUUUCUUUCUUUUGUUGCUUCAUUCGUUUGCUUUCUUUCUCCUCUCUUUUUCUUGCUCAACCCUUUCUAUUAUUUUUCUUUCUGACUUUCGUUUCUUUUUUUUUUCAUCUAGGCAUUUUUUUCUUUCUAUGCUGUCCUUCUAUGCUGGUUAUAAAAAAUAUAUCUAUCUAUCUGUCUAUCUAUCUACUAGAAUAUUCAUAUCUAUUUAUCAUUCGGAAUAGUCAUAUCUAUCUAUCUAUCUAUCUAUCUAUCUAUCUAUCUAUCCUUCGGAAUAGUCAUAUCUAUCUAUCUAUCUAUCUAUCUAUCUAUCUAUCUAUCUAUCUAUCUAUCUAUCUAUCUAUCCUCCGGAAUAGAUCUAUCUAUCUAUCUAUCUAUCUAUCUAUCCUUCGGAAUGGUACUAUCUAUCUAUCUAUCUAUCUAUCUAUCUAUCUAUCUAUCUAUCUAUCUAUCUAUCUAUCUAUCUAUCCUUCGGAAUGGUACUAUCUAUCUAUCUAUCUAUCCUUCGGAAUGGUACUAUCUAUCUAUCUAUCUAUCUAUCUAUCUAUCUAUCUAUCUAUCUAUCUAUCUAUCCUCCGGAAUAGUUCUAUCUAUCUAUCUAUCUACCUAUCUAUCUAUCUAUCUAUCUAUCUAUCUAUCUAUCUAUCUAUCUAUCCUUCAACAUCACCAUAUCUUUCUAUUUUUCUUUUCCGCUUUCGAAAGUAUUUUUUCUCGGGUUUUCAGUAUCUAUUAUGUUCUUUGCUACGUCAAAAAACGACAUUAUUACGUCAUUAUUUUUGCACCAACCUAAUAUCUAUCUAUCUAUCUAUCUAUCUAUCUAUCUAUCUAUCUAUCUAUGUCAGUCUUUUCAUUAUCUAUCUAUCUAUCUAUCUAUCUAUCUAUGUUAGUCUGUUCAUCAUCCAUCGAUCUAUCUAUCUAUGUCAGUCUGUUUAUAAUCUAUCUAUCUAUCUAUCUAUCUAUCUCUCUAUCUAUCUAUGUCAGUCUGUUCAUUAUCUAUCUAUCUAUUUAUCUAUCUAUGUCAGUCUGUUCAUUAUUUAUCUAUCUAUCUAUCUAUCUAUCUAUGUCAGUCUGUUCAUUAUUUAUCUAUCUAUCUAUCUAUCUAUCUAUCUAUCUAUCUAUGUUAGUCUGUUCAUUAUCUAUCUAGCUAGCCUUGUACAUAGUGAACCUUACUGUAAAAAAACAAAAAAAAAACAAAAAUACGAAUUUAACGACACAUCUAUCUAUCUAUCUAUCUAUCUAUCUAUCUAUCUAUCUAUCUAUUUUUUUUUUCUAUUUAUCCAUCUCAAUCUGCUUAAAUCUAUCCAUCUAUUAAUUCCUUCUCUCUUUCUUUCUUCCUUUAUAUCUACCUAUCUCAAUCGACUUACAUCCAUCUAUGUAUCCUUUCCUUUGCUUCUCUUUCUUUUUAUCUUUCUUACUUUCUAUCUAUCUAUCUAUCUAUCUAUCUAUCUAUCUAUUCUUUCCUUGUAUAUUUCUUUUUUCCUAUCUAUCUAUCUAUCUAUCUAUCUAUCCUUUCCUUUCCUUUCCUUCUGUCUUUCUUUUUAUCUAUCUAUCUAUCUAUCUAUCUAUCUAUCUAUCUAUCUAUCUAUCUAUCACAUUGUUCUAAAUUUUGAAAUGAACUUCUGUGUUAGUGAUAUCAGCCGCCAUUCACAAAUAUGUCAUCAACAUGUCAGCAUCAAUGUCUGUCUCUCAUGCAUCGACUCCAGAGUUCUGAGAGACGCAAAAGUGUAUCGAUUCCAAGAUCACGAGAAAUCGUUAAGGCGCCAUUUUUUUUUCUGUUGCUGCUUCUUUUUUGAACGCGUGCCGAUAUGCGAGGUUUAA